AAUGGGCUUAUUUGACAUUGGUUUUAAAAUGGCUGUCAGAUCCGAAGUUUGUGUAUGUAGUUAGGACGUAAGGGAUGGAAUUUGUAGGUGUGUCAUAGUGAAAACGUUCCGAUAAUGUUAACACAUGUAGUAAUAACCAAUAUGACAAUGUGCACGUGUUCGGUUUGCGUCGGUUUGCGCGUUCCGUUUAGUUAAUGUGGACGUUUGGUGAGGGGUUAGAACCGAUCCAUGUAAUUGGGUAUUUAGUAAAAUAAUCGGCGGGCAGUGCGUUAAAGUAAACAGCCAGCAUGUGGAACAUGAUGUGUGAUGUAAUGCCGACCAUCUCGGAGGACAGCAUCAGCCAGAGGAGCUCCCAGUUCUCUGGCGAGGAUGCGAACUUCGAGCAACUGAUGGUCUCGAUGCUGGACGAAAGGGACAAGCUGAUGGACAGUCUGAGGGAGACUCAGGAGCGUCUCGGCGAAACGGAAAUGAAGCUGGCGGACGUGGAGAAGGAACGCGACUCGCUCCAUAGGCAGAUCGCCGCCAAUCUCCCACAGGAAUUUGCAACGCUCACGAAGGAACUCAAUGCAGCUCGCGAACAACUUCUGGAAAGAGAGGAAGAAAUAUCGGAACUUAAAGCGGAACGGAACAAUACUAGGUUACUUUUGGAGCAUCUGGAAUGUCUUGUGUCAAGACACGAAAGGUCACUAAGAAUGACAGUGGUGAAGAGACAAGCGGCCGCACAGUCGGGCGUAUCAAGCGAAGUAGAAGUUUUAAAGGCACUUAAAAGUUUAUUUGAGCAUCACAAAGCUUUAGAUGAGAAGGUGCGAGAGAGACUGAGAGUAGCAUUAGAGAGAAAUUCAAGUUUAGAAGAAGAAUUAGCUGCAACCAAAGAAGAGUUACAACAAUAUAAGCAUGGAGUGAUACCUUCUAAUGUACCUGCCGUAGAAGAUAAACCCAAAGAGAACGGACAAGUUGAAUCAGGGGACCAAGUUUUAAAUGUUAACAAUAAGGCCGCAUCGAAGCCGCGACUCGUAAACGGAGGGGUGGAACCUGAGACGGACAGCGCUGCAAGGAUAGCCGACCUUCAACAAGCAUUGGAACAGCAAACUGGAGAAAUUAGUAACUGGCAGCGACGUGUGGCGGAGAUGCAAAAUCGUGUCGGAGAACUCGAAGAAAACUUGUCGAAAGCACAAAAAGAACUUUUGAAAGCACAAGAUGCCAAUGCGAAACUGCAAAGGGAUUUGAGGGAAAACGUCGCGCAAAAAGAAGACCAAGAAGAACGCAUUGCAACGUUGGAGAAACGUUAUCUCAACGCUCAGAGGGAGUCAACAUCGCUGCAUGAUUUGAACGAAAAGUUGGAACAGGAGCUGCAGCACAAAGAAGCGCAAUUGAAGUUGCAAGAGGAGAAGAUCGCAGCGAUUCAAGAGAAGUUGGAAUUGGCCGAACAAAAACUCGCUCAGUUUUCAAAGUUGCCUGAAAUGGAGGAACAGCUGAAGCAGCGCAUGGAAGCGCUGACUCAGGUGAGACCUCAGGCCCAAGAACGUCACGGUUCCGCCGAAGACCGUAUCCAACGUUUAGAGGCAAGUUUAGAAGAGAAGAACGCUGAACUGAUGCGCCUUAACCAAAGACUAAAAAUGAACGAAGACCACAAUUCCCGCCUUUCAGCGACAGUGGACAAACUCCUGUCGGAAUCGAACGAUCGCCUUCAAGACCACCUAAAAGAACGAAUGCAUGCACUUCAAGAAAAGAACAGUUUAACGCAAGAACUCGAAAAGACGCGCAAGAUGAUGGAAGAACUCGAAAACCAAAAAUCCGAUAUUAUGAAAGAACUUUCAAAGUCACGUCUCGAAAUCGAUAAUGUUAAAAGACAAAUGUUACAGCAAGAAAUCGCGUACAACAUUCAACAAACGGACGCUUUGACGCGAUCUUUGUCGCCUAAUGCCGUCGAUCCGAAUAGUUUUUCGCGUAGCGCUAGUCAUUCCAGCUUCGAUACGCAUUCCUUGCCUCGUAGGCCGAACAAGAGUCGAACACCUAUCGAAGAAGACCCCAACAAAAUGCCUUUCGGUUCGCGGUCGAUGGCCGAACACGAAUGGGAGAAGUUGCAACAGGCGCACGUUCUUGCCAAUGUUCAGCAGGCUUUCGACGUGUCUAGCGAUGCGGAAGGUGACGACAACGACAGUUUAUUCAGUACGGCCGAUAUGUUGUCGCCUUCAGGCCACACCGAUGCUCAGACUUUAGCAAUGAUGCUUCAAGAACAACUCGAUGCCAUCAACAACGAAAUUCGACUUAUCCAAGAAGAGAAACAAAAUACGGAAGCACGUGCAGAAGAAUUAGAAUCGAGAGUUGGUAGUAUGGAGCAUAUGAAUCUGUUAGCGAGAGGAAGAAGUUUAGAACGACAAAGUCCACCAGUAAGCGGUAGAUCUACUCCGAAAUCGCAUCAUUCACCUCAGAGGGAUUAUAUGCAUAAGUAUCAUACGGCACCUGCAUCAAUGUCACCGGCGCAUUUGCAACAAUAUCAUUCGACGUUGAGCCCUGGCGCCCUCUCUGAAUCGUUGCCUUCCAGUCAGCUCCAGUUGGCACCAUUGUCUUCGGAAAUGUCAAGGGAGGAGAUGCAUAUGGGAGAUAGCAGUAGUGGAGGAGGUGCUUCACCUUUAACUGCAAGAUCACUUCGACUCGAAAGAGUUGCUCAAGCUCUCGCUCACAGUCAAGAAGAAUUGAGAAGACGGACUGGCGCUAGUGGUUUGCCUCCAGGAGUUACAUACAGUGUGUUUAGGCAAGGCCAGACGCACACACCUCCAUCACCUCUGUCCUCUCGUCACAGCAGUCAGGAGAGUCUGCACAAGAACACAAUCACUGGCGUUCCGAGAGACGUUUCGGCAGCCGCAGUGGCAGCAGCAGCAGCCGCUCAAAAGAAAAAAGGCAUCAAGUCGUCGUUAGGUCGCUUUUUCAGCAAAAAAGAAAAGGUGAAAGGAAAAGAAGUUGGAAGCGAGAGUUCGUUAAAUCUUAGUCAAAGCAGCAUCGGAAUGCCCGAUGGUGAUUUAAGUGAUUCGAUGAGUGUGUCAGGGAAGCUGGGACAGAAGGGAGACUUCGAUCGGAGACAGAAGAAGAAGUGGGUGGAGCGUGAUUACAGACACGAACUCCUUGCCGAAGCCAUGAAAGCAGGAACGCCUUUUGCCUUAUGGAACGGACCUACAAUUGUCGCCUGGCUGGAGCUCUGGGUGGGCAUGCCAGCAUGGUACGUGGCAGCAUGUCGAGCGAACGUGAAAUCAGGCGCGAUCAUGAGCGCACUAAGCGACACCGAAAUCCAGCGAGAAAUAGGAAUAAGUAAUCCGUUGCAUCGGCUCAAACUAAGGCUGGCCAUCCAGGAGAUGGUGUCGCUGACGUCGCCUUCGGCACCCAAAACGUCCAGGACAACGCUGGCCUUUGGCGACAUGAAUCACGAGUGGAUUGGGAAUUCGUGGCUGCCUGCGUUAGGGCUUCCGCAAUAUCGUACCACCUUCAUGGAGUGUUUGGUUGAUGCUCGAAUGCUUGAUCAUCUCACGAAAAAGGAUCUGAGAGGGCAACUCAAAAUGGUGGAUAGCUUUCACAGAACUAGUCUUCAGUAUGGCAUAUCAUGUUUAAAGAGAUUAAAUUAUGAUCGUAAUUUAUUAGAAGAAAGACGGAAAAAUUCCGAAAAUGCAUUACAAGAUGUUUUAGUUUGGAGCAAUGAACGCAUAAUCAGAUGGGUGUCGAAUAUUGGAUUAAAGGAAUAUGCAAAUAAUUUAUUAGAAUCAGGUGUCCAUGGUGCUUUAAUUGCAUUGGAUGAGAGUUUUGAUGCGAACAGUAUGGCUCUCACGUUGCAAAUUCCAACUCAAAAUACACAAGCAAGGCAAACGUUAGAAGUAGAAUUCAUAAAUCUAAUCCGCGUUGCGACAGAGCGACGAGUCGACGAUCUAGUCCGGUCCUGAUAUGGCCCCCCUGAAGUAGUCCGUUAAACAACAGCAACAACAACAACAACAGAACAGACCAUGUAGUGUUCCGCUGCUCGCAGUCAUACGCAGCCCGUGCUACCUCCCUUCUCGUCGUCGAUAAUUAAAUAAAUUAAUAUUCGCUGCAAAGAUCACAUUUGUACAAAAAAUGAAGAAAGAAAAGAAAGAAUGACUUGUGUAUGAAAAUGACAUAAGAGCUUUAAUGAACUAAUCUGUAUCGUAAAUAACUUAUAGUAUUAUUAAUUGUACAUUGAAGUUGUUGUUUAUCUGUUGGAUUACUACCAGCGAGUAUAUUGUUGAAUGUGGCAGCGACAGUCAGUAUUAUCCCAUGCGUGCCUGCACUCGGUGCUGCCAUCUGUUGAGCUUGUAGACACUGUUUGUUAAUUUGCUGAUUAGCUAGUACAAAAAAAACUACCGGUGUCCUCGUAAAGCUUCUGGAUGUGGAUGGUUUGUAUCCGACUUGUACUCAGCUAUUUCACAUCUUGAUUAGCGAAUCCGAUUAAAUGAGUGACAGUUAUUUCCGUUUUUCUAAUAGGUAUCCGUAUAUCCGUAAAAAAUUACAAACUGCAGUCAUUAGUUGUACCUACUUACUAUUACUCUGUAUAUAUUAUACAGAUGCGAUAUAAAGAUAUUUUUAAGUUUUUAUUACUUUUACUAUCUUUUAUACAACAUAAAUUUGUAAUAUAUUUUUACUUACUUGUUAUUUAUUUUAAAUCUAAAUAUAACUACUGUGCUUAUUAUAUUGUUAUUAACUAUACGGAGUUGUGCUUACGCUCCGGGAAUGAUUGUCAUUAUUCGUAUUUGAUCUAAUAAUAGUGUUAAUUUAUGUACAUUGCAUUAUACAUAAAUAUAACGAAAAUCGAAUCAUU